AUGGCGUCUCUAAAAUCCCGUUUGGAGCAUUCAGUCACUGCCAUUGCUCUUAGAUCGUAUCUUGCUGAGUUCAUCUCUACAUUCUUCUUCGUCUUUGCUGCUGCGGGGGCAACAAUGUCUUCGAGGAAAAUGAUGCCGGAUGCAGCAUCGGAUUCGUCGAGUCUGGUAGCAAUUGCUGUUGCGAAUGCGUUUGCUCUAUCAGUUGCAGUUUACAUUUCUGCCAAUAUUUCCGGGGGCCAUGUGAAUCCUGCUGUUACAUUUGGAAUGGCUGUGGGAGGCCAUAUUAGUAUUCCUAUGGCUAUUUUCUAUUCGAUUUCGCAAAUGUUUGGCUCUGUUAUGGCAUGCCUGCUAUUAAAAGCAACCACCGCAGGACAGCAUGUUCCAACUCAUGCAAUAGAACAUGAAAUGACUGGUUUUGGAGGUGCAGUGCUAGAGGGUGUUAUGACUUUUGCAUUGGUGUACACGGUUUACGUAGCCUCGAACCUGAGGCCGGUUUCUGGAGGUGCCAUCGGCCCCUUGGCAAUUGGGCUUAUUGCAGGGGCCAACGUUCUUGCAUCAGGACCGUUUACCGGUGGAUCCAUGAACCCGGCCUACUCGUUCGGUUCAGCCAUUGUUGGAGGGAGUUUUAAGAAUCAAGCAGUCUAUUGGGUUGGACCCUUGAUUGGAGCAGCCAUUGCUGGGAUUUUACAUGAUAAUGUAGUCUUUCCUGCUCCAGUGCCUGAUCCCUUUAGGGGAAAUGCAGAUGGAGUGGGUGUGUAA